AUGACCUCUGUGCAACAGCUCUUCUCCCUUGAGGGCCAGACGGCGCUCGUCACGGGCGGCACCCGGGGCAUUGGUCAGGCCAUGGCUGUGGCAUUGGCUGAAGCUGGCGCCGACCUCCUCCUCAUCCAGCGUGACACGUCCAACACGGCGACCAAGUCUCAGAUCGAGGCCCUUGGCCGGAAAGCCACCAUCUACACCGCAGACCUGAGCGACGCGAAGUCCGUCGCAGCCCUCACCCCCAAGAUCACCGGCGACGGCCACAAGAUCGACAUCCUCCUCAACUGCGCCGGCAUCCAGAAGAGGCACCCGGCACACCAGUUCCCGGACGAGGACUGGGACGCAGUGCUGCAGGUCAACCUGAACACCGUCUUCACCCUCUGCCGCGACGUCGGCGCUCACAUGCUCGCCCGCGAAGCCGACUCGACCGGCCGCCGCGGCGCCAUCAUCAACGUCGCCUCGCUCCUCUCCUUCCAGGGCGGCAUCACCGUGCCCGCCUACGCCGCCAGCAAGGGUGGCGUGGCGCAGCUGACCAAGGCGCUGAGCAACGAGUGGUCUAGCAAGGGCAUCGCCGUCAACGCCAUCGCUCCGGGGUACAUUGCGACGGAGAUGAACACCGCGCUGAUCAACGACAAGAACCGCGCCGACAGCAUUUUGCAGCGCAUUCCGGCGGGCCGCUGGGGAAGCCCCGAGGAUUUCAAGGGUGCCGUGGUGUUCCUGGCAUCAAGGGCAGCAGGAUACGUUGGCGGUGAGGUGUUGACCGUCGAUGGUGGUUGGAUGGGCAGGUAA